CAUUUAUCACAUGUCAACUCUGACCGAAAGUGUGUGACUUCUGCUUAUAAUAAAACAAACAGGCCACAACUCAGAAGAUGUCUUUCACACGAAGAACUUCGUUACAGUAUUUCCGGAAGUAGCGUAUCGCUUUGUUGACCAAUCAGCACUGUAUCUUGUUUUAAACGUCUCAGCAGUAUCGCGCAGUACAAACGAUGUGAGGGAAAGACAGGAGAGGCAGCCACCCUCUGGUGAAUUUUUUAAUCAUUUUUUUGUGGAUCCCAGAUGUCGAAGACCUGGUCAAUUUAAUUGUGAAGCUGGUACUGAAGGAUUAUAAGACAUCUUGCCGUCUUGUUUACGAAUUAGCCAGGCGUGUGGCUAACUGGCGUAACACAUUCAUGGGAACCGUGGAGCGAGAUUGGGUCCAAGUAGCCAAUGACCUCCUCUUUAAGUGCCACACUAACUUACGCCUGAGAAGACUGACAGACUGCGACGCCAAUGUCUUCAUCACACUCUAUGAAGGCAUCUUGAGCGACAAAGUUCCAGACUUCAUAGCGCUUCCCAGCAGCCAAGAGGAUGACAUCCACAAUGUGCAGUCUGUCAUCGACUCUCUGGCCCUGGAUUACCUCCACAUUAGCCUGUCCCACAUCACCGGUGAGAACAUCGUUCGAGGAGACCACGAGUCCGUCAGGAACCUGCUGGAGAUCUUCGACGGCCUUCUGGAGUACCUCACGGAGCAACUGAGCGAGGAUGAGGAACAACUGCAGAACGGAGGCGUGCAGUCCAGCGGGGAGGGAGAGGGAGAGGAGGUCCAGGGGAAAGCAGCCAAGGCGGCGCGGCCGCGGCCCGGACCAGGAGAGGGGGAGCGCGAGGACGUGACCUCCCAGGCCUCCAGUCUGCACUCGGCGGUCCCGUCCAGUCGGCACUCGGUCCACUCCUGGAACGGCGAGGAGUCGGAGUCCACGGCAGAGCUCAUUCGCCUCGGAGACUCGGCACGGACGUUCUCCAAGAAGGAAGAUCCGCUGCCUGCCCCUGCCAGUGGCCCGUCUGGACCUCCAGAUGGCACCUCAGGAGACCACGGCGCUGCCACCCCCUCUGCCACCGCCACCAACGCCACUGUCCGGCCCGCAGCCACCACGGUCACCGUCACCGCCAGCGACAGUGCCACGGCCACUGUGUUGCCUGACAGCAGUGGCUCGACGGCCACCUUGCUCCGGGAGCCCGCUGCGUGCUCCGCCAUCCCCCUGCAGCCGCCCUACCAGACCACGCCGCAGAGGCAGCAGAGGCCCACGGGGCACACGGGAGCAGCAGCCCAGGCCCCCAUCCUCCCCCACUCCCACUCGCCGGCCUCCUCCAGCCUCACGUCUCCAGACAGCCUCCAGGAGCAGCAGCCUCCCGACUGGCAAGAGCUGCCGCUCAGCAGCCUACAGAAUGGUCAUUCCUCGAGGUCUCUUGGUGAUGUUCUGCGUCCUAACCAUCUCCUCUCCCCAUCCUCACCCAUCUCUCCAGUGACGAAUGAGAGGUCUGUCUCCAGUCAGAGGAGAGUGAACGGAGAGGGCAAGCACGAAGCAGAGCUGUCGCCCAGUAUGGCGGAAGCAGCGGCAGCAGUGGCGGCGGCAGCAGCGAGGUCCCGGAGAGUGCUGUUCCGCACCCAGCCCGACGUCCUCCUCCUCUCCCUUCGAGAGGAGCUGGAGGGAGGAGGAGGAGCGCUCCCAAACGGCCAUGCUGACCAUCAGGAGGAGGGGGUGGGGGUGCGUGUGAACGGGGAGAGGAGCAGGGCUGAGGAGGAGGAGCUGGAGCUGGAGGCGGAGCUGGAGGCGGAGCUGGAGUUGGAGGAGAGCCUACUACUGCAGCAGCAGCCCAGCUCUAGCUCCGCCCCCAGGAGGAGGAGGGAGCACGGCAGGGGGAGCCGACACCACCGAGGCCCAGCCAGGAGGGAGCGUGAGGGGGCUCCUGAGGGUUUGUCGCGGCGCAGCCAGAGGAAUAAGGAGGCGGAGGAGGAGCUCCAUCACAUGUCUGAGAAGCUGGCACGGCGCCUGGAGGAGCUGGAUGAUAUGCUGAAGCGAGCCCUGGGGGAAAGCUGUGAGGGAGGCGAGGCGCAGGAGGAGGCGCAGGAGGAGGAGCAGCAGGAGCAGCAGUCUCACCACAGCGACAGCAUCAUGGAGUGCAGGAGACCCGGCAAGUCCACAGAUUUGCCUCUGACCAACGGCGUGAUGCGUACGCGCUCCCUCUCCCCCUCCCCUCCCCCGCCCUCGCGGCGGGCACCACUGGAGGGCUCUGGCGCCCGGGACGGCCGGAGACACCGCGUGACCCGCGCAUGCCACAGGGACCGACGAGAUCUGGAGGGCCAGAGACGGCCAGGAGAGACGGUGGUUAAAAACUACGAGGAGGAACUCAAGAGGUACGAAGACGAGGAGCGGGCCAAGAUGGCGAAGGAGAGGUUACUGGUUCAGGAAACGGAGCGUGAGUACAGGGAGGUGUUGAGGAGGGAGGGUCUUCGCAGCCCCCGGUCCCCAGAGGCGGUAGCAGCAGCCGGCAGCCCCAGGACACCAACCUCACACGGCCCCAGGACACCCGCCUCACGCAGCACGUCUCACACCCGACACAGGCACACGCUGCCCCGCAGACCCCCAUCCAUGAGGGUGAAGGAUAACGACCUGCUCCCCACGCUCCUGGAGGACUUCCCGGGCCUGUCGCUAUCCCCUCACGCCUUCAGCAGCAUGUGGAAGCAGCAGCUGCGGCAGGUGGACCACCUCAACGCCCCCCACAACCAACGCAGCCGACACAAACUCACACACGAGGUGGAUGAGGCCCAGAAGAGACACGACCUGCUGGUGGAGAUCAUCCGCAAAGACCAGGAGCACAACCGCCGGCUGAAGGAUCAUCGUGAGCGCGUGCAGCAGCAGAAGUCGACGCAGAACCGGCUCCGUGAGCAGCGGCAGCAGGUGGCGCGCGCCAAGAAAUACUACAGCGACUACCACCUGCAGCUGCGAUCACGCCUGGCACGCGCACGCACGCGCGAGGAGAGGAUGUUUAAGCAGAUCUUCGAGGAGGGCGUGGAGCUGCAGAAGGCUCGUCUGAGGGAGGAGCGCGCCUACGCCAAGGAGCAGCGGCAGGAGCAGCAGAGACGCCAACGCGCCGAACUGGAGGCCAUGGAGAAUUACUACAGGGAUCAGUUGUCGCUGUUGGCUGAGACCCUCGCGCAGGAGCGGCAGGACAUCCAGGUGCGGAAGAAGGCCCAAGAGAAGGCCCUGGUGAAGGUGAAGCGGGAGCUGCGCAGCAAGAUGGAGCGCGAGAUCGGCGAGCUGCAGCGCAUGAUCAUCCAGAACGACGAGGACGACUACUUUAGAGACAUGGAGGCGGAGCGGCUGCGGAGGCGCCUGCACAUGGCCUCCUUCCAGUACAACACCAGCUGCCUGCACUGACACCAGCCCACCACCAGGGGGGGGAGUAGUCCAAUACACUGGCUCAGUAGUGAACCAGGUCAAGUUAACCUUCAGCUAGUGGUAAAUCAUCUAAUAGAAGAACAUCCAGGAGCCUAAUACUACAAAGCUGGUUCAGGUGUAAACCAGGUGAAGUUAAAAGGUAAAUCACCUAAUAGAAGAGCCUGGAGUGCCAUUUUCUGAAGAACACCAGGACUCCAGGCUCUUCUAUUAGAUGAUUUACCUCUUAACUUCAACUGGUUUCCACCUGAACCAGCUUUGUAGUCCACGCCCCUGAAGGAGUCUUCAUGUUCUUGCCUAAACGAAACUCUGUGGCCGAUCUAUUAGCAGGUUUACCACUUCCUGUAGGUUACCGUCGCCAGGUUUACCACUUAACCGUGUUGUUGGAAUUACACCCCUGUGCUCAGGCAGACUGACUGACCGACCGACACGGUCGCCACCGCUGCUGCUGCUGCUCCAACUCCAACCAGACAGAUUUUUGCCUUUUGCUUUCACCUCCUCAGAUCAGACAUAAAAAACAAAACUCAAGAGCAUGAACUGGUCACGGUUGAUUGUGAAUGCAUUGAUUUCCGGUACAACAAGAGGCUGGUGUGCACUGGCCUGAGAUCAGGCAGACAGGGCUGCAGCCGGGGCAAGAGGCCCUGGGCUGACUUGGGUGGGUAUUCCAGUAGGCAGGCAGGCAGGGGGGUUACUAGGCUCUUCUCCUUCUCCUUGGCAUCGCAGCUCCAAGCAAGUAGCUAACUCUUGUAGCAGAAGAGGCCUGUGUGCCUUUUUGCUUUUGAUUUGAUAAACCGGCACGCAGAGUCGUAUGAAGCAGAAGUACUCUUACAGAUGGAAUUACAAAACGGUGAGGAUGGUAAUGAUGUUAUGAUUAUAUGACAUGGUUUCAACUUUGUAAUAUCAAACUACUGGUGUUGUUACUACAUCUGUAAGAGCACUUCUGUUUAAUACAACUCUACCGGCAAGUCACUUCUAUUUGGAGGUUCACAACUUACUCUGGGUCAGCUUAUUUGGGUUCGUAGCUAAACCGCCGCCUUCUUUUUCUCUAAGGAGUACUGACCUGGGAUCAGACAGAAUACUGACCUGGAAUCAGAAUACUGACCUGGGAUCGGAAUACUGACCUGGGAUCGGAAUACUGACCUGGGAUCGGAAUACUGACCUGGAAUCAGAACACUGACCUGGGAUCAGAACACUGACCUGGGAUCAGAACACUGACCUGGGAUCAGAACACUGACCUGGGAUCAGAACACUGACCUGGGAUCGGACAGAGAGAGCUGCUCUGCUCCAAACAGCACCAAUGUGGGGGCUGAUUUUGCCUUUUUGCUCUCCCCACCUCAGAUCAGACGUAUAACAAAACAAACUCCUAGCAUGAUGAACUGGUCACGGUUGAUCGUAAAAUGCAUUGGACCUUCCGGGGGUGUUUCGUGUGUGUCGUGUCGUGGAGUGGAGUGGAGCGGGUGUCGUUUGUUACUGGGUGGAAUCGGUACAGACUUUGUCUAUUAAGAAAUGGAAGCGGUUUUGAAACCUAUACUGUAUACCCUCUCCCCACACACACACACCACACACACACACACCUCACACACUCUUCUGCUGCUAACUCCGCUAUCGUCACCUUCCCCCCUCGUUUCCUCCUUGAUUCUCCCCCCAAAACGGUUUGUCCACCAUUGUCUAAAGAUGAGAGUUUUUAAUUUAUUUGUUUGUGUUUUUAAAGGAAAGAAAAUUUGUGACCAUUUUUUUAACGGAAGAAUGUAGUCUGCAUUUCUUUUGUAUACAGUGCUGUCUUGUGUGUGUGGGUGGGACCAGAGAUGGCCAUCCUGGAUUCAUCUAGUUUACAGUCCAGUGCCACAUAUUCCAAAUGAUCUGGUUUAUACCGGUCCAGGGGUCAGUUUCUCGAAAGCAUCUUUGCUAACGACGGUAGCAACGUCCUUCGUAAGAGCGACUCAACUCUCUCUUGACAGCGACGCUCAUCACUAAAUCCAAGGGAAUGGUGUUACGUCGUAAGACGGUCUUAAGACGGUUAGCAACGACAAGAAUCGAGAAAAGUUCAGCCAGGCACUCACCUGGUUGAAUUCAAGGGGAAAAAGGAGGUUAAAAGGAGGUUAAUUGGAAAAUGUGGCACUGGACUCUAAACUAAAUAAAUCCGGGUUGGCCGUCUCUGGGCGGGGACUGAAAGUUGCAUGUUGAACACAAUGUCUUCCUGAAAUGACCGGACGGACUGCUGAAAAAGAAACAAAAUGCUACACUAAUAAUGUGUCACUAAGAAGAUCCUUAUUUUAUUUAAUUUUAUUCAUGCCUAUAAAAAAACAAUAUGCUGGAUUGUUUUUUUUUUCUCCUUCGUGUCUUGAACACUGUUGUAUUCUGUAUUUGAAUGGGUGAAAAUGAAUGAAUGAAUUUUAUUUAUGAAGCCCAUGUGGUGUGUUCUUGAAAACAGCUGGUCGUUUGGACCACCAGGGGGCGCAACAGAGCAUCAUUAGCCCACAUAAGCAGAUGGACCUACUUCACACCAAGAUGAAUUUGGCUAUAAUGAGACAUAGAUGGCAGUCAGUACUGCCUCAUACAUGAAAUAUGUAGACAGGUGCUGACCCUGCCGUGGCCAAACGGUGGGGCACUCGUCUACCUGGCCCUGGGUUCGAUUCUCGGCCCGGGUCCUUUGCCGACCCUUCCUUGUCUCCCACUCUCCACUUGCUUCCUGUCACCACCUUCACUGUCCUAUCAUAAAGUCAAAGACCAAAACACAUGUAGACAGAUGUAAAGCAGUCAUAACCAUACAAAUGAUCUGCUUGCUUUGGCUUUGAAAAUAAUGACUUAAAGGGACACUGUGUGAGAUUUUUAGUUGUUUAUUUCCAGAAUUCAUGCUACCCAUUCACUAAUCUUACCUUUUUCAUGAAUACUUACCACCAGCGUCAAAUUUUGAGUGUGGCUAUCUGUGGCGUCAGUGUACUAGGAAAAAAAAUAUCGCGACCUGCCAUGAUGAUGGUCAAAAAUGUGAAAAGCUGUUCUGCACUUUUACUGAACCCAUUUUGUCCUAAACCCUUUUUGGAAAAGGGUGCCCUCUGCCUAUUAAAUCCUAAAUAUCUCAGCCUCCGAAGCACAUACAGACAUGAAAUGAGUUAAAUUUAAAAGCUAGGACCCUCGUUUUGCCUUAGAAUGUGUUCAUUCAGCUCUAACUUACCUACAUUUCUAAUAAAACCGCUCGUAUCACAAGAACCUAAAUGCAGCGUUUUAGGCAGUGAACACAGUGAUUUUUAAAAGACUGAAAAUGUCAAUAAUGCUUAAUUAUUGGGAUGUAAAAAAUAUUGAAAGUAUUAUAUCCUGAAAUGGUUAGGAAGUUAUAGGCAUGGUAUUCAAAAGAAAGUGAGCUGAGGAGACGGUAGUUAAUUAAAACUGAGUUGCUGCCAGUGGCGAGGCGAGCAGCAUCAUAGACUUUAUUGCUUUUUCUCUGCAGGGCUUCACAGGAGACCCUCAGUCUCUCCUGUUUUAAAUGUACAAGUGUGAGAGAAUGUGGAAGCAUACAAAAAGGAAAACAGCCACGUGAGAUUUAACACACAGCAGUAAUAAUAAAUACAAAAUAAAGAGUUCGAUGGAGACCAAAAUGAGUACAAUGACAGGAGAGACGAGACGAGACGAGACGAGGUGGCCUGAUAUGAGUUUUGUCUGUUUAAAAAAAAACCAACUCUAACAUAUUUUACGUAAGCGCAACCAAGGCCGACUCGGCACAGAGCCACCAAAGCAAUAAUAAUAAUAACCAUUAAAAAAUAUAUCAUAGUGUGUUGCAAUGGUGGCCAACUGUCAGUUAGCAAUUAACAGAUACUUCAGCCAUGCUACAACCGAGGCAUCUGCAUUAAAAAAACAAAAAAACAAAAAAAAAACAGAAACAAACAAAAAUAACCCGAUGUGCAAUGG